CGAUCGGAUCAACCAUCUUCUCCUCCCAACAACCUCUCUUGUUUUCUCGUUUCUUUCUUUCUUCCUUCUUCUUUUUACACUUUCGGCAAUUGCUGCGCAACUUCAGGGCUCUCCGAUCGUGCUCGGAUGCUCAGCAGUCGCUAGUCUCACCUACGAUUGACUUUCUCCUCGGUGAUGAAUAUGAGCUGAAGCUUCGCCGCAAAACUUGUCCUGUCCUCCCCCCCUCACGAAACAUCCCAUUUCCCCUCCUGUCUCCAAUUUAAAUAUCCUUCCGACCGGAAUUGGAUCCCUGUCCAAACAUGGCAUCCGUAUCGAAUGGAUUCGCCAAUGGUGUCAACGGGGAUUCGCUCGCGCCGGCCAACUCCUUGGCCAACCUCCGUUUCUCUGACAUUCCCUCCGCCAUCGAUAUUCCCGCCUCCACCCUCGACAGCGAAGUCGAGGUCAGUCUAGAAGGUCUCCCCGAUGACCCCACCGAACUCUGCACCUUGCUCGAGAACGAGAAAGCCGCCAAGAAUUUCUGGGUGAUCAUCGCGCUGGCCUACGCCAAGCAGAAGCAACUCGACCACGCAAUCGACAUCCUGAACAAGGGCCUCGCCUCGGUCGCCCAUGGCGCCACCAAGGAAAAGCUCGGCCUGCUGGGCUGGGUCUGCUGGCUGUUGAUGCUGAAGAGUCGCCAGGCGCCGCGCGUCGCGUCCGAGGGCGAACUGUACACCGAGGCGAAGACGAAAGACUACUACCUGCAGCAGGCCACGUCCACGCUGAACGAGGCCUCCCGGUUGAACCCGGCCUUCCCGCCCCUGUUCCUGGCCCGUGGUGUGCUCUCCCUCCUGCGCGCCUCGCUGCACCCCCCGAGGCCCGUCCGCCCGGGCACCGUGGAUACCUCCGAGCGCGUCGAGUGCCUGCGACAGGCGCUCAAAUGCUUCGAUGAGUCCUCCCGGGCCUUCGGGGGCCGCAACGUGAUGGCGAUCCUGGGUCGCGCGAGAACACAUUACAUGCUGGGGAGGUAUGCGGAGGCGCUCGAGGGCUACCAGAGGGCGUUGGUGAAGAUGCCGGGGUUGACGGACCCGGACCCGCGGAUCGGGAUUGGGUGCUGUCUGUGGCAGCUGGGCUUCAAAGAUCAGGCCAAGGUUGCCUGGGAGCGAGCACUGGCGUUGAACCCCGAUUCCAAGGUCGCCAACAUCCUCCUUGCAGUCUACUACCUCUACGACAGCUCACGCCACGCCACCACCGACCCGUCCUUCGGUUCCCUGUACAAGGUAGCCAUGACGCAGUACACGCAAAAGGCCUUCAAGCUAGACAAGGAAUACCCCAUGACCUGCGCCUUAUUCGGAGGGUACUUCCUCCUGCGCAAGUCCUACGCGACCGUCGAGACGCUCGCGCGCAAGUCGAUCGAACACACCGACGUCAUGCAGAUCGCCAGCGACGGAUGGUACCUGCUCGGUCGCAAGGCACACUACGAGGGCGACCUGGCGCGCGCAGCGGAGUACUACAACCGGUCCGACCAGGCGCGCGGCGGCGGCGACCAGGGAUACCUGCCGGCCAAGUUCGGCGCGGUGCAGAUGCAAGUGUCGAACAAGGACCUGGACGGAGCCAAGUUCCGACUGGAGAAGAUCGUCCAGCAGACCAAGAACCCAGAAUGUAUGCUGCUGCUGGCAGCGCUCCACGCGGAAGAGGUGUUCGCGCUCCAGCGCAGCGGCUCCAAGGAAGACAAGUCGGCCGAGCUCAAAAAGGCCAUCGGCCUGCUGGAGUCGGUGCGCAGCCUGUGGAAGGACGACGCGAAGAAGAUCGUGCCGGACGAGUCCGUCCUGGUGUACCUGGCGCGUCUGUACGAGCAGACCGCGCCCGAGAAGAGCAUGCAGUGUCUCUCCCAGCUGGAGGAGAUGCAGCUAGCGGAGAUGGGCGACGACGAGCGCCCAGAGGGCGUGGAAGACGACGACGCCGAGGCGCUCCGGACGGCCCUCCGCGCCAAUCUCCCCCCGCAGCUGCUCAACAACAUGGGCUGCUUCCUGUACCAGUCCGAGCGGAUAGACGCCGCACGGGCGACAUUCCAAGCGGCACUCAGCGCCUGCGUGCGCUCGCAGGAGAAAUCCAGCGACCUCGACACCGACGCGCUCGUCACCACAAUCAGCUACAACCUCGGCCGCACCUACGAAGCCGCCGACAUGCCCGACGAAGCCAAGAAGGUGUACGCGGGGCUCCUCGAGCGCCACAGCGACUACACCGAGGCCAACGCGCGCCUGACCUACAUCGCGCUCCGCCAGAGCCCAACCGACGAAGGCCCCAAGCGCAUGGGCAAGCUCUACGAAGCCGACUCGACGAAUCUCGAAGUGCGCGCGCUCUUCGGCUGGUACCUCAGCAAAUCCAAGAAGCGGACCGCGAACCUCGCCGAAGACCCCGAGCAGCGCCACUACAAGCACACGCUGCAGUACUUCGACAAGCACGACCGGUACUCGCUAACCGGCAUGGGCAACGUGCACCUGCUGACGGCGCGCGACAUGCGGCGGGAGACGGACACGGAGCGCGAAAAGCGGCGGCGGAUGUACGAGCGGGCGGUCGAGUUCUUCGACAAGGCGCUGCAGCUGGACGGGCGCAACGCCUACGCCGCGCAGGGCAUCGGCAUCGCGCUCGUCGACGACCGCAAGGACUACAGCGCGGCCGUGCAGAUCUUCUCCAAGAUCCGCGACACGCUGCGCGACGCCAGCGUCUACCUGAACCUGGGGCACGUGUACGCCGAGCUGCGCCAGUACACGCGGUCGAUCGAGCACUACGAGGCGGCGCUAUCCAAGGACCGCGCGCGCGACGCGCAGAUCCUUGCCUGCCUAGGCAGAGUAUGGCUCCUACGGGGGAAGCAAGAGGCCAGCCUAUCCGCGAUGCAGACAGCGCUGGAGUACGCGCGCCGGGCGCACUCGGUCGCACCGGGGCAGGUACAUCUGGAAUUCAACGUCGCGUUCGUGCAGAACCAGAUCGCAUCGCUCGCCUACGGACUGGGCGAGACCCAACGCACAGUGGCCGACCUCGAAGCCGCAGCCGAGGGACUCCGCCAGGCGGUCGAGACCUUCGGCCGACUCGCAGCAGGGAAGAACCCGCCCUACCCGGCGGGCGCACUGGAACAGCGCGCCAACAUGGGCAAGACGAUCAACAAGCAGCUGGAGCGAGCCCUCCAAAGCCAGCGGACCUACGAGGAGCAGAACGCGGCCAAGCUACAGCAGGCGCGGGCGGCGCGGGAGGCGGAGCUCGCGCGCCGGGCCGAAGCCGUCAAGCAGGCACAAGCUGUGGAGCAAGAGCGGAAGCAGAAGGUCGCCGCCGAGCGACAGCAGCUGAUCGAGGACGCGCAGCGGCUGGCGGAGCAGCGGGCGGCGGACGAUCACGCACGGGAGCAAGCGGAGCUAACGACGGACGAGGAGACGGGCGACCGCGUUAAGCGUCGGAAGAAGGCGUCUGGUGGUGGUGGUGGUGGUGGUGGUGGGGCGUCGUCGAAGCGCAAGAAGCGGUCGCAGCGGCGGGACACGGACGGGGACUCGUUCGUCAGUGAUGGGGAGGAGGGGCCUGUGGGGGGUGAUGGGGAUAGCUCGGGCGGGGAGAGUGCGGGUGAGGCGGCGCCGAAGAAGCGACGUCGGUUGGAGCGUCGAUCGGGCGGGAAGGCGUCGAGCAAGUAUAAGAGUAGUGAGAUGGUGGUGGAUUCGGAUGAGGAGGAGGAUGGGGGCGGGAGCCCGGCGGGGUCGGACGGGGACGAGGAGAUGCGCGAUGGGGGGGAUGAUAGGGAGGAGGAGCAGGAGCAGGAAGUGGUGCAGCGCCGACGGGCGAAACAGAAAGCCCGACGGAUUGCGGAUGAUGAUGAGGAGGAGGAGGAAGGAGAGGGAGAGGGAGAGGGAGAGGGAGAGGGGACGGGAGGAGGAGAGGUCGGGGGCCACGAAGGGGGGCAGGAAAGUCGCUCUCGCAGUAACACGACGACCACCUCUUCCUCCUCCAUCACUACCACCACUACCUCAACCUCCAACUCCGGCUCUACCACCGGCUCUACCACCUCCUCCAUGACCUCCGUUGAUGCUGCCUCCGUCCACCCCCCGGACGACCGCGCCCCCUCCGCAGCCGGUCUGCGGAAUGACCGCCCCGAGAGCAUGACCAAGGCCCUCUUCACCCGCGGCAGUCGCAUCCUCCGCCGCCAGGGAAGCCGUUUCCACAUCGUCGCCACCCUCGACGAGGUCGACGAGUCCGACCGCGACCGCGACCGCGACCGGAGGGCCAGCAGCGCCCGCUUCGAGGUCGGGGACCUCUUCCACCGCCACCAUCGCGCCCGCCAGAGUGACGCCCAGGGCCACCUCAAGUCCCUCAUCUCCGACCCCUUCGACUUCCACCACCUCACCCACACCAGCCAGUCGCACUUCCCCGCCCUCGAGGACACCCGCCAGAAUGACCUCGUCACCGAGUUCUCCGCCAUCCGCGCCUCCCAGCGACCCGUCACCGGCCUCAAGGGUAUCCGCGCCGAGGACAUCCUCCCCCUCCGCGAAUGCGCCGACCCCGAUUCUUCCUCCCCCCUCCCCCCGACCACCCCGACGGCCCCCGUCGAGGACCCGCUCGCCUCCCUCAGCCCGCCGGUCUCCCCCGGGGGUUCCUCCUCCAUCAGCCCCAAGCAGCAGGUGUCUCACGCCCGCCGCCCGUCGCGCGCCGUCGAGAACUUCUCCCGCCCUGUUCCUCGCCCGUCCUACGUGGACUCCCCUCCGCCACGCCCGGCCUCGCCGCACCUCGCCGCCGCUCCCGACAUCCCCGAACCCACCGCCCGCGUCAUCGACGAGAUCCUCCACCGCCCGCCUCCGUCUGGCCCCGACCCCGCCGGCUCCUGGGACCACGUCCGCACCAUGUCGCUGUCCCCGACCACCCGCCCGUCGGACCUGACGGACGUGCCCGAGGAGAUCGCUGCCACCCACUGGCACGAUAGCCCGGAACAACCCGACCUCGCCGACGGUCCCCGCCCAUCGUCCCGCGGGGGCAGCAGCCCCGUGCCCGCCUCCCGUCCCUCCAUCUACUCCUCCGCCGAACUGUCCCGGCGAUUCUCCGAGGCCUUGGGCUCCCCGACCCUGCCGCCGCCGCCGUCACACCUGCAGCGUGGGCCGUCGCAAACGGAAGAUCUCACCCCGCCUUCCGGGGCGCCCGUCCGCCGCGGAUCCUCCCGCCGCAAGCCCACCUAUGAGACCAUCUACGAGACGUGGGACGCCGACAUCGACUACUGCUACGAGCACGCCGCCGAAUCGUGCUCCGACUUUGACUGGGGUCGUCGGUCGCUCGAGGAGCGGCCGCCGCUCCCGACUCCCGGGUCCGACAUCCCCAUCCUGGCCACCGACUGCGACGGUCCCGUCCCGUCGCCGGCACCUCGAGGGGUUCCGACGGUGCCUGCGAUGCACCUGAGCCCCUCCACGCUGGCAACUCCGGGGUCGCAGCGGGCGCUCACCCCGGCCAGUGCCGUCGGCGAUUACUUCCCUCCGGUCGGUCCAUCUCUGUUCCCGUCGGCCCUGGGGAAGCCCGACGGGCCGGACGCCCUGUACGAGGAGUACCUGGCGACGGACGCCGAGUCGGAUCGGCCCUUCUCCUUCUACUCAUCAGGAGUCAGCCCCCAGAUGGAGCACCCGGUCUCCCCUCGCAGCAGCUUCUCCCCCAUCAGCAAGUACAACUCCGAGGAGAGCCUGAUCCUGUCGCGCGCCGCCUCCAUCGUCCGCAAACACCGGUCCUCCGUCUCCACCGUCAGCGUCCCCGACCUGAUCCACAGCCUGGCCAAUAGCCGGGACCUCGCCGACGGGGCCCCGUCCGCCGGGGGGGAUGCCUCCUCCUCCUCCCGAUGCCCCUCGGCCGCCAGUGCCGCCCGCCCCGAGGCGUCCACCCACCACCGCCCGACGAAGAGUCUCGCCGGCGAGCUGGAUUCCUGGUGCCGGGACCCCUCCUCAGGGGACGCCGCUCGGGAUGCGUGCGGGGCCUCCACCCUGCACGACCGGGCCCAGUCGACCUCCCACCUGGAGGCGGCCCCGUGGGUGGCCCGCGCCAAGCCCGACCUGCCGCCUAAGAGCGCGCACCGACGGCGAGGCCGACCAUCCUACUCUCUCUUUCCCACUGCGCCUCCCAAUUAA